AUGCCUGUCCGAGAAGUCAACACGUUCCAGGAAUUCCAGGAGAUCAUCAACAAAGACACUCCGAGCGUCUUCGAUUUCUGCACCGAUGGGUGUAGCUCCUGCAAGGCCACCUCGCCCCGAUUCGAGCAUCUCGCCGAGGACAUCGAGGGUCCCGAGUUCUACAAACUGAAUGUCGAAAAAGUGCCAGACGCAGCACACGAAGCCGGAAUCACUGCCAUGCCCACCUUUAUAACGUUCAAGAACGGCGCCAAAAUGGACGAGCUGAUCGGAGCGGAACCCCAUAGACUACAGGCCUUCGUGGAGGGCGCAGCGAAGAUGUGA